AUGAGUGAAGGUAUUCCAAUUCGACGUUUAACUGUCCAUGAUCCAUCGGAAAUGCCUCUAUCAUAUGGUACAACACCGGGUGGAAGUAUCUUUUCAACAACACCAGGUGGUACAAGAAUUUAUUAUGAUCGUCAAUUUUUAUUAUCACGACGUGAUAGUCCAUUGACUCGUAGUCCACCAGUGAAUUUACCAUUUAUACCCGAAGUAACGUUAAUUCCAAAUCCUGCCGGAAGUGGAACAGGAACUCUACAAAAUGGAACAGCUGGUAGUAAUAAAAAAAUACCAUCACUGUCAGUAACAUCGUUGUCUGAAAACAGUAAACAUAACAGUAGUGGAAACAACAAUACUAAUCAACCGCAACAACAACAACAACAACAACAACAGAAUGAAACAAAAGGAAAAACAGAUUUGAAACCAAAAAAAGGUAUUUUAAUUUGA